GUGGGAGGCGGGGCGAGGUGGCGGCCGAAGCGGAAGAGGAGGCCCUCCCGCGUCUCGAGGCAACAUCCGUCGGCGCCUGGCGCCUUUAUCUGAGGCGGUUGCGGCCUUCAAAGCGACGGCGGGGUGGCUGUACCGGCCAAAGAGGGAGGAGGCGGACUGCAAUGGAGCUCCUUGAAGAAGACCUUACAUGCCCCAUUUGUUGCAGUUUGUUUGAUGACCCACGGGCCUUGCCCUGUUCACACAACUUCUGUAAGAAAUGUUUGGAAGGGAUCUUGGAGGGAAAUGCCCGGAGCAUAAUUUGGAGGCAAUCUCCCUUCAAAUGCCCUACAUGUCGGAAGGAAACUACUGUCACAGGAGUUAACAACCUCCAAGUCAAUUAUUCUUUAAAAGGUAUUGUGGAGAAGUAUAAUAAAAUUAAAGUAACCACAAAAAUGCCUGUGUGUAAAGUGCACAGUGGCCAGCCUCUUAAUAUUUUUUGCCAGACGGACACACAGUUGAUCUGUGGUAUUUGUGCAACUCGAGGAGACCAUAUAAAGCAUGUGUUCUGCUCCAUUGAAGAUGCUUACUGUCAGGAAAAGCGUGCUUUUGAGACAUUGUUCCAAGGGUUUGAGACUUGGCGUUGUGGGGAUGCCCUUUCCCGACUAGACACUUUGGAAACUAGCAAACGGAAAGCCCUGCAGAUGUUGACAAAGGACUAUGACAGAGUCAAAGACUUUUUUGAAAAAUUGCAGUAUACACUGGAACAAAAAAAGAAUGAGAUACUUUCAGACUUUGAGACAAUGAAGCUUGCAGUUAUGCAAGCCUAUGACCCAGAAAUCAAUAAACUGAACACAAUCAUACGAGAACAACGAACAGCAUUUAACAUUGCGGAAGCUUUUAAGGAUGUGUCUGAACCCAUUGUAUUCCUGCAACAGAUGCAAGAAUUUCGAGAGAAAAUCAAACUGAUCAAGGAAACCAGAUUGCCUUGUCUUACUGUAGAGAUCAGCUCUGCAAUCAAAGACUUUGAUACCAGCCACUGGGAACAAUUUAAGUUAGCAGAUGUGGACAAACUUUCUUUACCUCAAGAGAAAAGCGAUGUGAAAGGGGUAAUUUCUCUAUUCUUUUCACCUACAUUUAUCCUGACCGCUUUGUUUUGCUUGCUUUUACUUGGCACUAUGCAAAUGUGCUUCAUGGAUGUUGUUGUUGAUACUCUCCAGUACUGGAAGACUCUUGUCUUGACAUUAAGCUCACGUUAUCUGGCAGAUACAGCAGAGAUUGCAGAUCACGCUGCCUUCUACUGGGAAAAAAUGACAGACAGUGCAUCCAUUCUUAGCGAAAAAUGUGUAAACUAUGCUCAGGUGAUAAUGGAUAACGUUGCCCAGUUUGUGUGUAAAUAUAAACUUUUGUAACUAGCUCUCACAUACAAAGACCAUUUGAAGUGAUUAUUUUAGAGCAGGGCUGGUGAACAAGUGUUCCUCAGGUGUUGAAAUGCAUUGCCCACAAUCCCUCAAUAUUGUUCAUGCUGGCUUGAUUUGAUGGCAUUAUAAUCCAAUACAUGGAGGGCCUGGAGUUUUAAAAGAUUCUUCUGAGGUUAUUGGUAAAUAUUAGUGGUUUUUAAAAAUAAUUUUAUAUUGAUGUAUCAAUAACAUUUUCCCUGUGGUCCAAAUACAUGUUGACAUGCUUUACACAUGUAGCCUCUGAAAUAAGAUCAUUAUGUAAAGUUGAAAAUACUGACGAAGAAGACAAUACCUCUGGCACAUAUCUCUCAAAGUCUCCCAGUGUAACUGCCCCAAAUCCACAUUUUCAGUGUGCCCUUCCAUGUGUUGAGGGGCAACAAAGAUUAUCUUGCUAUUGUCAUUGUAGCUGGAUACGAUAUUAAGACAGACAUCAUCCAGGAUAUGACGGGGCUCCUCUGGAAGUGCCUGUGGGUGGCACGGUUGCUGUACAUCCAGCUAUAGACAAAGUUCCUAUGCUGUCUGCUGACAUGAAGGUGGCUGCCUUGGGGCAAGAGCUACCACACUGAAAAAGUGGGUUAAAAUAGUUUUGGUGGUGGUUCAGUCUGAACAGAAUUCUGACCUCUACACCAACCAAAAAAGUGGGUUACAAUGACAUAAGUUCGGUUUAUGUCAUAGUAACUCACUAACCAGAUGGCAACAUUACUUUCUAUUUCUUCUAUUUUUCCCAAACUGAAAGAAACAUGUUUAAUGUGUAAUGUGAAUUUGUGUACACAACAGAAUAUGUAAUAACGUAUUUACAUAAAAUGCAGUAUGACUGAGUAAAUUUUAUAGUGGACGAGGUAAAUGUUUAGAUACGUAUAUACAGCAUCGUCAGCAAGUGUGACUCUUUUCCAAUAAUGUAUGUUGUAAUAAUCUGUUACAGGUUUGUAUACACAAAUGAAAAAUUAUUUUUGUCUUCA